UUAUAUAUAUAUAUAUGAAUAAAAACACAAUAUUACACCUGAUCCUCGAUGGAAAAUUAAAAUCGCCUGCACGUGACUAAUCCGGGGACAAAGUUCAUAGCAGCAACUAUGGCGCCUUCCACUCACAGGAUGGGACGAGUGCUAGUGGUGCUGCUGGUGUUGUGUUUCAGCGUCGAAGCUGUGGAUCGUGGUAACUUCAAAACAUGUGAGCAGAGCGCUUUCUGCAAGCGUCAGAGGGAGCUGAAGCCAGGUCAGAGUCCAUACAGAGCUCUGCUAGAUACCUUAGAGCUCAGCGACUCCAGGAUUACACUGCAGCUCAUUAAUGAUAAUAACAAGGUGCGUCUGCUCUUGGAGCUGUACAGGCUGCAGGGCAACAUGACGCGGGUUAAAAUCAACGAGCUCAAGCCUCUCCGACCUCGUUAUGAGGUCCGGGAUGUCCUCGUCACGGAUCCUCCUACCAAACCCAUGACGGUGGUGACCCAGGACGAGAACAGCGUGGUGCUCUCUCUGGGUGCAGACGAACAGCAUCUGAUCGUCAGCGCCCAACCUUUCCGCCUCGACAUCGUGGAGGGCCCUCAGGUGCUGCUGUCCCUCAAUUCCCGCGGCCUGCUGGCUUUCGAGCACCUGCGUCUGCGCAAAGACACCAUCUCUCAUAAAAUAACAAGCACAUUCGGUAGCAUGUGGGACUCGAUCAAGAGCGUGUUCUCUAGUAAACAAGACACAGAGGGAGCUGGUGAAUCAGAGAAUGCUGAGGAUGCUGGUGAUAAGGGUGAAAACAGAGAAGAGGAAGAGAAGCCUGGCAUGUGGGAAGAGACAUUUAAAACCCACAGUGACUCAAAGCCCAAUGGUCCAACAUCCAUUAGCCUAGACUUCAUUUUUCCAGGUGUGGAACAUGUUUACGGCAUUCCCGAGCAUGCAGACACUCUCAAACUGAAAAACACAGAUGGGAGUGACCCAUAUAGGCUUUAUAACUUGGAUGUGUUCCAGUACGAGCUGCACAACCCCAUGGCACUGUACGGCUCCGUGCCCGUGCUCAUAUCCCACAAUGCUCAGCGCACCAUGGGUGUCUUCUGGUUGAACGCAGCCGAGACUUGGGUGGACAUCUCCUCAAGCACUAUGACAAUGUUUGGUAAGAUGCUGGACUUUGUCCAGGGUUCGAGUGAAGUUCCGCAGACGGAUGUGCGCUGGAUCUCUGAGAGCGGCAUCAUUGAUGUCUUCAUCAUGCUCGGACCAAAACCAAGUGACGUUUUCACCCAAUACGCCUCACUGACUGGCACUCAGGCCUUCCCUCCUCUGUCCACUCUUGGAUACCAUCAGUGUCGCUGGAACUACAACGAUCAGGAAGAUGUAAAAGCUGUGGACCAGGGUUUUGAUGAGCACGACAUCCCCCUCGACUUCAUCUGGUUGGACAUUGAGCACACUGAUGGCAAACGCUACUUCACCUGGGACCCUCAAAAGUUCCCACAACCCAAAGAAAUGCUUCAGGGGCUCAUGGAAAAGAGACGCAAGAUGGUCACCAUUGUAGACCCUCAUAUUAAAGUGGACAGUGGGUACAGGAUUCACAAUGAAAUUCGCUCUAAGAACCUUUAUGUCAAGAACAAAGACGGAACAGACUACGAAGGCUGGUGCUGGCCAGGAAGCGCUGGAUAUCCCGACUUCACCAACCCUGAGAUGAGAACCUGGUGGGCUAGCCAGUUUGCCUACGACCAGUAUAAGGGUUCAAUGGAGAACCUGUACACGUGGAACGAUAUGAACGAACCAUCCGUAUUCAAUGGGCCGGAGGUGACCAUGCACAAAGACGCGCUGUUCGGCCGCUGGGAAAACAGAGAUGUACACAACCUCUAUGGGUUGUAUGUGCACAUGGCGACCGCUGAAGGGUUGAUCCAGCGCUCUGGUGGUAAAGAGAGACCGUUUGUUCUCUCCAGGGCCUUUUUCGCAGGAUCCCAGCGCUAUGGGGCCAUAUGGACAGGGGACAAUGCAGCUGAAUGGGGACAUCUGAAGAUGUCCAUCCCCAUGUGUUUGAGUCUGGGACUUGUGGGCAUUUCUUUUUGUGGAGCCGAUGUUGGUGGUUUCUUUAAGCAUCCGAGCGCCGAGUUGUUGGUGCGUUGGUACCAGGCCGGUGCGUACCAGCCAUUUUUUCGUAGUCACGCUCACUUGGACACCCCGCGGCGUGAACCCUGGCUCUUUGGGCCAGAAAACACGGCUCUGAUCAGAGAAGCGAUACGUCAGAGAUAUACAUUACUGCCCUACUGGUACCAGGCCUUCUAUAAUGCUUAUCGCACAGGACAGCCUGUCAUGAGGGCUCUGUGGGUUGAAUAUCCUCAGGAUCCAGCCACAUUUCCCAUUGAGAAUGAAUAUUUAAUUGGUAAAGAUCUGCUUGUCCACCCCGUUACUGACGAGGGCGCAAAGAGCGUCACAGCCUACCUGCCUGGGAAAGGGGAGGUUUGGUACGAUGUUCACACGUUCCAAAAACAUAAAGGGGCUCAGAAUCUCCACAUUCCAGUCACCAUGAGCUCAAUCCCAGUGUUUCAGCGUGGUGGCUCCAUCAUCAGCAGGAAGGACCGCAUCAGGAGAUCUUCCUCUUGCAUGGAAGAUGACCCUUACACCCUUUACAUGGCACUGAGUGCUCAGGGCAUAGCUGAAGGAGAGCUCUACAUUGAUGAUUUCCACACCUUCAACUUUGAAAAAGAAAAGCAGUUUAUCCACAGACAACUGAGCUUCUCUGAUAACGUACUUACCUCAAGGAACCUGGCUCCAGACUCAGAGUUCACUACAGCAGCAUGGAUAGAGAAGGUGAUUAUAAUUGGAGCCGCUCGUCCGUCUUCUGUUUCCCUGAAGACUGCAGAUGGUGCAGAGUCUGCUGUGGAGUUUGAUUUUGAUUCUGAAGCAUCAGUGUUAACAUUGCACAACCCUGGCGUCAAUGCUGGAACCGACUGGACUGUGACAUUGCUGUAACAUACACACACACACACACACACACACACACACACACACACAGAGGUUACUAGGACAUAAGCAAAUUUAUGCACACAAAAUCGCACCAGAGGGAGCAACACUUUUUUGUUUUGCAAGAUUUGAUUAUUCCAUACACACCCACUGACAAUGAGUGUGUGUGUGUGUGUGUGUAGAAUAUUUGAGUUUGGGAUAAUUUUAGUAUGGAAAUGUAAAUAGAAAGAUGACAGAAUUAGAGGGCCAUCAGAGAGAAAAAAAAUCUUUUAAUUCUCUUAAUAAUGUUCCCAUUAUAGCCUACUACAUCCUGUUCAUUUUUUAAAAAACCUUUGCAUCACGUUUGUAUUAAAAAGUGUCCGUAGUUGACGUUAAUAGUGAAAGCAUAAUUAUUCCAUUUCGUUUAUUUUUCCCUUCAUUGGAAUAUGAUUUAUUUAGAAAUGUGGAAUCUUUUGCACUGACAUUCAAUAUUCCAGUUUUCCACGAGUAGUAAAAAAAAAAAAAAAAAAAAAAAGAUUUUCCAAAUAUCGUUGCUAGAGAUGUUAAAACCACAUUGGUUUGGAAAGGUCCUAAAUAGUAGGUUUAAACGGAGCCAGAUAAAAUUUCACUGUAUUUACUACCUGAUUUUAGUACAUUUCCGAGAAAGCCAUCUUUCUUUGCCGAUCUCCACGGAAGGAGAAGAAGAAAAACACCAUUUGUUUACGCUGAUUAUUCCGUUUAAUUUACUACAUAGUUUUAUGUUAAUAUUAAACGUUUCUGAUUGUGUUUACACGUGCUCGUGAUCUCCUCUGAACAUUCAUAACUAAAGAAAAACACAAAUAUCCAUGCGUCAUUGUGGUAUUUGAGCUGUGUACAUUAAGAGAACUUGUGUAUCCCUGACCAAAGCAUUCAUUCCAAGGCCUUGCAAUCUCAAUGAAAACUAUCAGAUCUUUUAGGUUUUGAUCUCUGUGGAUCCAGAAUUAUGUUCUACUGAUGAACGUUCUUGCUUAGGAUAAGAUUAGCCGAUGUUAAAGUCUUGGCUCAUAAACACAAGGACGGCUAAAAUAAAGAUGAUGAUAUAGAUCA